UGUAGAUAAUCCUAUUGAAAUAUAACGAUUUUCAGUCUAAAUCCUAUUUGUUUCCUAACCUAUUCUUACAUAAUGUAAUACGACCCAAUCCAAUUAGAUAUUCAUUUAAUACAGUUUUUUUUUAUAAAAUCAAGGCAGCUUUCUACAUACAAUCUCUUAACUGCACGACUUCAAGAUGAUGGAACAAAUUGAUCGCGCCGGACAAGAAGAGUUCAUAUGGGCAAUGAGGACGAGAGCGUUGCUGGACCUCGAGGAGGAUUCGCAGAGUUGGCGCGAGAGCAAACUGACCGAUUACGAGUCAUCAAUACACAACGAGAGAAGAAAAACGCAGAACGCGUACGAGCAUCACCUGAAGAACCUGGCUUCCUUCGUACCUGACGAAGUGUUAGUCAAUUGCAACGAUUACAGUUCCAGGCAUAUCGAAGGAUGCAUUUUGAUCGUUGAUGUUUUCGGUUUUCCUGAAUUGUGCGAGAAGUACAACAAGAUUGGUAAAGGCGGUACAUCACGACUGACGAACGUGCUGAACUCGUACAUCGGCACACUGGUGCAGUCUCUAAUGAUGUACAAUGGAGACGUCAUCAAAUUCUCAGGAGAAGAGGUGAUGGCCUUCUGGAAGUGCGGCAUCUCCUCCAACGAUAUGUCCAUGCAGGAGUGCAUCCAUCAAGCACUGGACGCGGCUCUGACCAUCAAAAAGACGCACGGCGAAUACGAAACGGACGUUGGAGUUUUCCUAUCACUCAAACUGGUCAUUUCGGCUGGUCAGGUUUCCUUCGCCCUGAUCGGAAACGAAAUUCUGACAGAUUUUGUCAUCGUCGGUGCAUCGAUAUGGGAAGCCAAAGGCGGCGGUGAUCUCGUGCCUUACGGCGAAAUCAUCAUCUCGAUUAACGCGUGGGAUUUCAUCAAUCACAACGAGUACGAGUACGACAGACUCGACAACAGUAAUAAUUACGUCAGGGUGUUUGGCGUCAGUAGACAUUGGAGAAGUACCCAAAGAAAUACCACUAAAGAAGCAGUUGAAAAUAUGAAUGCGGACGGAGAUUCCAUAUAUUCCAUGGAUUCGGAUCGGCAAAAUAACGAUAUACAUCACAACAUUUUUGAAAUACGACCGUGCAUCGGUGAUGCUAUCAAGAGAGACCUGGCGACUGAUUUACGUAAGUACAUUGUGCCCACGGUUCUCAAAGUGAUCGACAUGAACGAGGGCAUCGAAAACCUGACGGAGAUGAGGAACAUCGUCAUCGUGCUGAUGCACGUGGAGGUGGUAAAGUCCGAAAUCGAGGAAUACAUAAAGCUGGUGAACAAAAUAUACAACACGAUUUCCGAUAUUUCGCACGGCAUGGAGGGUUGUCUCAAUAAAAUCUUCUUCAACGACAAGGAUCUGCAGUUUUUGGUGAUAUUCGGUCUGCGCGGUUUCAUCCACGAAUUGGACAGUCAGAGGGGUUUGAAUUGCGCCCGACGCUGUCACAAGCAAAUCUUGCAGGUGACAGGUAUAAAGUCCAUCUCGGCAUCUGUGACUACAGGGCUCUCGUUUUGCGGUGUAAUUGGUCACAAUCUGCGAAGGGAAUAUUCCGUAAUUGGACUGUCUGUGAAUAGAGCGCAAAAAUUGCUGAGCGCUUUUACGAAUAAAAUAUCGUGCGACAGGCAGACGUUCUUCCACAGCAAAUUGGAGGCGCGGAAUUUCCUUCUGCUCGAUUCCAAAGCGCUGAAGGGUGUCACGAAUCUGGGACCAAUCUACGAAUACGUGGAAUUUGACAGUAUAUUGGCGGAUUCUCGCAACGAUUUCAGCCACUUCCCCAUAUUAGACAGGGUCAAGGAAAUUACCAUGUAUACAAGAAUAUUGAAGAACGUGAGGGAUAUGGAAAAGGGCAUGAAUCUGAAGCAGCUGAAGCAACAGAUAAAGGCGUCGGCGUUAGUGAUAUUCGGUAAUCCGCGACAAGGAAAAACCCGUUUAACUGAAGAAAUCCUGUUCUGCACGCCUUUGGAUGUGCCCAUUUUUAGGAUAAAACUGAUCGCUUCGGAUAAAGCUGUUCCGUAUCAGGCCAUACGGCUGUUGUUUGCUGUUCCAUUGGGAAUCACAGACAAAUCGAACGUGAACGAUCGAGAGCUGAAGAUCACGUUCAAGUUGAAACACAUGCCCGUGCCGGAGCUAAUCUGCGUAUUGAACAACAUCUUCAAAGUUAACUUCUCCAAGACCGAGCUGUUUAUGGGACUCUCGGAAAAGGAGAAGUACGUCGCCUGUAAAAAGACGCUGAAGCAACUAUGCCAUGCCUGUUUCUCCAAGGUUUGGGUGCUCGUAUUGGAUGGAGGUGAAUAUAUUGAUGACGAAUCUUGGCCUUUGAUUUAUUCGAUGAUGGAAACGUACACGGUCGUCUUGGUGAUCGCUAUGGCAUCGAACACUUACAUGAACUAUAUGGUCAAGCACAUCUUGGAGCAGCCGAAGGUACAAGUUAUGCAUCUGAAACCUAUUGAUAAAUGGUUCCACAUCGGACUGGCCUGCCAAAUGUUGAACGUGCACGGUAUUCCCGCAGAGCUCGAAAGGAAAUUGCACGAGAAGAGCAAUGGGAAUCCGGGAUGGAUAGAAAGUUACCUAAUCAGUUUGUUGCAAUCUGGUGAAUUAACCAUAAGUCCGAUUCCUUUGAAUACCAUCGAAGAAUGUCCACUCAUAAUUCCACCGAAAGAAAUGAUGGCUAGGGAUUUUGCAGCUACAGCUGCAAUCGAACAUGCCCAUAGUCAACUUACGUUGAGCAACGAUUAUUAUGCCGCACUUUUGCACGACAAAUGGAAAAUAUUCAAAAAUUCAUUUCGGGAUAGUACCACGAACAUAGUAAAUAACAUGGUGAUUCUAACGGAGACAAAGCCUGCAGCGAAGGAGGAAGAUCACGAUAAAAUAAAUACUAAGCUGGAUUUGAUCUAUACUUAUGCAGAAAAUAAGGACAGCGAAUCUUACGUGUCCUCGUCGAUUCUGGGCUCGUCCGUGUCCAAGACGGGCAUCAAGAUGGUACCCCUCAUAGAUAUUUGUCUUAUUACAGAAGGAUCAAAAAUAGAUGAUAUCGAUCCAGAAUUUUCACUUGACGUUAGGAUUAUGAAGAUAUACGAUUCUCUUACGUCAUAUGAGCAGUUGCUGUUAAAAUGCAGCGCCGUGAUCGGAGAGGUGUAUUCGAGAGAGAUGCUGAUGUACGUGAUGAACUCGCAGGAUUCUUUGAAGACGGCGAAAGCGGUACAGAAACUGUUCGAGAUCGGAGUGCUGGGCUGCGCCGGAGGAAAAUUCACUCAACAGUUUACUAAUGCCAUCUUGAACGCACCGGAGAUUAACAGCGACGAAGAUCACAUGAUCAUUUGCAAAUGCAUCGGAAUUAACACGCCCGAUUACAUGAAGUUCUUGCCGAAUUACGCGCUGUGCGGCUAUCUGAGAUUCAAAAUACCAUCCUUCCGGGAAACAACGUACAACAUCCUGACGCUCGAUCAGAAAAAAGAGUACCACGCGAAGGCGAUCCGAUAUCUGGAGAAGAAAACGCGAAAGUGCAUAAGCUGCGGCGGAGGUCCGCUUGUCAAGUUGAUGGGAAUUCGUUACGAUCAGGUCAAAAAAAAGGAUUGGAUGAACAAGCGAAAGACGAAUUUGGUGAUGAGAAAGGAUACGGUCGCGCAGAGAUCGUCUUUCAGCAUUCUCGAGAACUGGGAAACAUCUUCAAAGGAUUUUCAGCUUAAGAAGCAGAGCAAGAGCAGCUUAGAUUUUAAGAGAUCCAGUCAGGAUCCGAGGAAAUCUAAUUAUAGCAUCGCUUCUCAAGAUACGAAGCUGAGGGAAUUUUCGUCGUUGAGAGAUAUAAAUAAACUGAAGAACAGGAUAUCUCUAAUACGAACUUACUCGGAUUUAGAUUACAACGAUUGCGACUGCUUCCGCAUAUUGGAUUGCAUGUAUAAGCAGUUGAUAGAACAUUGCGAAGGAGCAGAGGAAAUGGAUAAAUGGUUGUACGCUAUAUUAGAAUACAGCAGUCUUUGCAUUAACAACUUCAAUAGGCCUUUGGCACUGAAGAUCUUGUUCAAUGCGUUGGACGUUUUAGAAGAAAACCAAACUCUUAUUGUGAAACCGGAAGAGUAUUGGAAGUUGCCUUACAUAAGGGCGAAGAUUCUGACGCUAAUCGCGAUAGCGCGUUUCGAGAUUGGUCAAGUCAACGAAGCCUACAUCAUUACCGAUUUCGCCCUGAGAACAUACGGCUACAAGUUCCCCUACAAAUCAACACUGAGAUUGAGACUGCUAGAAAUCAUACAGUUCGUGAAGUUUAACUACUCCUCGUCCAAUACAACGAAAGAUGAUUAUAACGCCGAGUAUUGUGAUAACGUUUCCGAGUGUUUGAAUCUGAUGUCCAAAAUAUUUAUGUACUUGGGUGAUUGGAAUAACGCGGAAUUGGCUGCGAUUUGGAGUUUGCGGAAAGCCUUGGAGUCGGAGAAAAACUUCUUCGUUCUAAUAAACGCGUACACGAAUAUGAUCUGCACGGCUCUUCAUAAUAAGAAGUACUUUGUUUUGGUGUCUUUGGAGAUCAAGGCGCUAUUGUAUAGCAGAUGCUAUCGGGGGGUGAUCGAACCCAACGACCUUUUUGCGAUCUACGAACUGUAUUCGUGUAUAUUUUUAGCCAGAAUUACGCGAGGUGAAUUGACGGAAUGCUUGAAUAUUGGAAACGUUGUGCACAAUAUAUACAAUUCGCUCGGGAAUAAAAUCGUAGUGCACGAUGUAUUGCCGCUGAUGGUGCAGGUUCUGCUGCUGAUGAACAAGGUGAUCGAUGCUGUCAUCAUCAUCACCGAUAUGCAGUACACGUUGGCGGACAAUCCGGAAAGGAGCGGACAAGCUUGGUAUUUCGCGUUGUGCAUCAGCUUCCACUUGGACACUGGAUUUUUCAUUUUACCUAUACAGCGUUGCAUCAAGUUCUUGGAUACCAACAAUGUGAUCACGACUACUACCAAUUGUUCAGCGGAGAAGAGAAUGUAUACUGCUCUAUGGCUUUGGUGCCUAAGAAACGAAAUGUACGAGGAUGCAAUACUUUGGAAGGAGAAGGUGGAUGCAGUGUGGUCUUUCAAAGAUCAGGAUGAUUUGGUGAACGCUUUUACAGCGUUGUACUAUAUGGAAGCUCUGCUGCUGUUGGCGAUCAAGCAAAUGGAUAAGAAAAACAUAGUCGUGAUUGAUAGCGUUUAUGCGGAAAUAGAUAGUUUAUUUCAAAAGUUGGAUAUGAACGCCAAGAUAUUCAUCAUAAUAUACCCAAGACUAUAUCACAUGAAAGCUCUUUAUGCGAUGAUCAAGAUCAAUGAUCUGGAAGCCUUCAAUUUCCUGCGGAAGGGACAACGGCUCGCCGAAACGAACGGGAAUUUGUACGACUCCGAAUGGUUGAAACAUUCUGAAAUGGCUUGGUCCCACGACAUGUCAGAAAUGGAACGUAACCUGUGGCUGGAUCACGCCGUCAGCGACGAACUCUUCUACAACGACAUGGAAUCAUAUGAUAUGCAGAUAAGUUAUUACACAUUGGAGCCUCCCACAUAUUUGUAAAAUAGUGAAUUUCUAACAGAAAAAAAAAACAACAAAUAAAUGGGUAAAAUUAA